AUCAGAACCCAUCUGUUGAGCAAGAGGUUGAUAAUAAUGAUGUGGUAGUUCAGGAUGAUGCUGCGUUUGAGGUCGAGGCUGAGAAUAUAGUGCAACAUACUGCCAGCGAAGAUGCUGGUGGUAUACAUGAUGCUGCCUGUGAGGGUGAGGGAAAGGGUGCCGCUGCAGAUGUUCCUAUGAAGACCACGAGUGUAAGUGAAGAAACUGCAAUUGCAGAUGGUGAUGGGGUGGCACAUAGGCAGAUUUCUCCGACAGCAGAUGUAACCGCUAAUGAAGAUUGUGUUGAAGCGGAAGGUGGGGACGUUAGCAACCCCUUAAACAAUGAAGGUUGCAAAUAGGCAUAUUUCAUCAUCUCAACUGUGG